CUCAAAUAGCCAGGGUCUUUCUACUUCACUUAAGUUCAAUUUAAUAUCAAAUUGACGUGUUGCUUAUCAGGUUGUACUCAAACAUUAACAAAGCUGAGUUCUUCAGUCUGCUUACAGCUGGUGCUGCAACAUGAUGUUCAGAGUGUUGUGUACCCUCAUUCUCUCUAUGUUUGCAUAUGGGAAAUGUGAAAAGGAUAAUCAUAUCUACCAGCAGCCUUUGGUAGUUGCUGAACUUGGAAGCAGUGUGAAUAUAUCCUGCUUAUAUUCCAUUUCAGACUUGAUACAUACUGUUUUAUGGUAUAAACAGCCUGUUGGCAAGAAACCACUUCUUAUUGCAUAUUUAGAAUAUCGCUCAAGACACCUAACAUAUCAAAAUGGCUUUGACAAGGUCAAUCGAUAUUUUAUCAAAAUUGGAACUGCCUCUCUUAAUUUGAGCAUUAUAAACUUGGAGGAAUAUGAUUUAACCACCUACUACUGUGCUGUGGGUUUUAUGAACAUUAUUCAGUUUGGAGAGGGGACGGUUUUGCUCCAUGAUGCAGAUUUUGCCAGCAGCACCACUGUUCACGAGAAGCCUGUAUUGGAUGUUAAAGUGUAUCCAGGAGACUCAGUGUCUUUGCAGUGUUCGGUGACAGUCAUCACAGAGAUCUGUGCAGGAGAAUACAGUGUCUACUGGUUCAGACAUGGAUGGGGAUAUUUUCAUCCAAGAAUCAUUUACACCCACAGAAACAUGACUGAUCAUUGUAUGAAGAGAUCAGAGAACGGCUCUCUUAAUCGCAACUGUGUCUAUACUCCUAAGAGGGAAAUCAAUGCAAGUGAUGGAGGGAUUUAUUACUGUGCUGUUGCCGCAUGUGGGAAGAUACACUAUGGGAAUGGAACUAAAUUGACUAUUGAAGUGAGACUGAUACAAUAUUAUCACAAAAAAGCCAAAGGAACCAAGAAUCAACCCAUUCAACAAAGGAAUCAGACUGAUGACACAGAUGCCUUGAAUUAUGCAGCCGUAAGUUUUCCCAAAAGGCCUACCACCUCAAAAUGUCCUCUGGUUAAAACCAGCCAAGAAGACACCGUUUAUUCACAGAUGACUAGUUCAGAUAAUUACUAGUUCUUAGAAAUAAAUGUUAUGUUAUGAUUAUGAUGAUGAUUAUUAUUAUUAUCAAGCAUUGUUUUUGUUGAUGAUAUCUUCAUAGUUUAAUGUUCU